AUGGCAUCCUACUGUAAUCUCCUUCCCUAUCUUUCCCUUGUGUUCCCUAUUGUUUAUGGAGUUUCUCCACAACCAUCGAAUGUCACAACUUCCACUAUGCACACUUUUAACUGCUCUGCCCAAAUCAAGACCUGUAAUGCUUUAUUGUACUACGACAAUGAAGGUGUCACAAAGGAAGAAGUUGCUUCUUAUUACCAUGUCAAUGCAUCAUCCCAAAUAAAGUCUAUAAUUCAUGGCAAUAAAGAAGAUUACCUCAUAAGUGUGCCUUGUUCUUGCUCAUCCUUGUAUGGCACUAAUGGCUAUUUUUACAACACAACCUACAAAGUGAAGUUUGGCGACACUUUUCAGAAUGUUUCAACCAAGUAUUAUAGUGGGCAAGCUUGGUAUUUUGAGGAUGAGGAUCCAAUUUUCAAACCUAAUAAAGAUUUUCCCAUUCAUCUUCUUUGUGGGUGUUCAGAAAGUGACUCCCAAAUUGUGGUAACCUACACAGUUCAGGCCCAUGAUACAGUAUCAAGUAUUGCAACUCUGUUGUCAGCCAAAUUUGAUAACUUGGUGGGUUUGAAUGGAAAUUUGGCUCUAAACCCAGAAUACAUUGAAGUAGGCUGGGUCUUGUUUGUUCCCAUGGAGAAGAAUGGAAUUAAUAAUAAUAAUACAUCAAAGAUAGGUAUGAGACAGAAGUGGAAAAUUAUAACUGGGAUAUUGGCAAGUGUCACAGUGCUUUCAAUGGGUGCAUUGAUUGUCAUUCUUGUCAGAAGGAAAAGACUACAACAAAAGAAUGCGGAAGAUCCAAAAGGUCUAGCCAAAAUUCUCAAUGCUAAGAAAUCCUUUUCCUUGCAGAACACUUUCACUCCUAAAGAAAAUUUUGAAGAUUUUGAUUCAGAAAAGCCUGUAGUAUUUAGUCUUGAAGAGAUUGAAGAGGCGACCGGAAACUUUGAUGAAAGUAGGAAAGUAGGAGAGGGUGGAUAUGGUAGUGUGUAUUUUGGCAUCUUGGGAAAGAAGGAGGUUGCGAUAAAGAAGAUGAGAUCGAAUAAAUCGAAGGAGUUCUUUGCAGAGCUGAAGGUCUUAUGCAGGAUCCAUCACAUAAACGUUGUGGAGCUUUUGGGAUAUGCUUGUGGAGAUGACCAUCUUUACUUAGCUUAUGAAUAUGUUAGGAAUGGAUCACUAAGUGAGCAUCUUCAUGAUCCAUUACUGAAAGGUCACCAGCCACUGUCUUGGUCUGCAAGAGCACAGAUUGCGCUCGGCGCUGCAAAGGGUAUUGAGUACAUUCAUGACCAUACAAAAGAACGGUAUGUGCACCGUGACAUAAAGACUACUAACAUCCUACUUGAUGAGGGCCUCAGAGCUAAGAUAGCAGAUUUUGGAUUGGCAAAGCUAGUUGGAGGAGCCAACGAAGAUGAUCUAAUAGCGACUCGAUUGGUUGGAACACCAGGCUACCUUCCUCCAGAAUCGGUGAAGGAGUUCCAAAUAACCCCUAAGACCGAUGUUUUCGCAUUUGGCGUGGUACUAGCAGAGCUGAUAACAGGGCAACGUGCACUUAUCCGUGACAACCGAGAGCCUAACAAGAUGAAAUCUUUGAUUACAGUAGUUAAGACAAUAUUCCAAGAUGAAGAUCCAGAGUCGGCUUUACAAGCUGAAAUAGAUGGAAAUCUUCGUGGCAGCUACCCUAUUGACGAAAUCUUCAAGAUGGCUGAAGUUGCAGAAUCAUGCUUAGAAGAAGAAGCAGUGGACAGACCAGAGAUGAGGGACAUCGUGGUGAAGCUGUCUCAAAUCAUGAUGUCCUCAACAGAGUGGGAAGCAUCACUUGGAGGGAACAGCCAGGUCUUUAGUGGAGUAUUUACUGGCAGAUAG